AUGCAUCUGAAGCAGCAAGAAGGCUCCGGCACGCCGGCCGAGGCACACUCCGGUGAGGAGUUCAAGAAGUUCUCCUCCAGCCUGCCCCUGGGCCAGCCGGUGCCAUUGUCCCAGAUAUCCGGUCCCACCUAUGUCACCGCCCAGCUCCUGGUCCAGCAGGUCGCCUACAAGCUGUCGGACAAGAUCUUCUCCUACUCCCCCGAGACGUUUGACCUGGACGUCGCCGUCAGCGAGUGGUCUCGAAGCAAGGAUGUCAACAUCCACGGCUACCCUACCUCUGUCCUGCCGCUCCAGACCCGAGCUGGCGCUGGUGCCUUUGCUCUGGGCUACAUGUUCUCCGAGGAUUUCGACCUGAGCAAGAGGCACAUUCCUCAGACUCUGUUGGCGCCCUCUCUGAGCCUGAGCAGUCUGCGAUCCUCGCUCGAUCAGCUGUCUCUGCUCUACAGCGUCGCGAGCCCCUUCGUUGCACACAUUGCGGCUGUCGAUUAUUCUGCCGAGGAUGGUCUGGUCCCAGAGUACGGUCGUGCACUCCAGAUUGCAGAGGACCUCGGUCUUGGCCUCGUCAGCAGCUCUUCCGCCUAUGAGAUCCAGCACAUGUCUCUGCUGUCCACCUUGUUGGCCAAUAUCCUGCCGACCCUGCACGUCUACGAUGGUGUUCGAACUUCCCGAGAGACAUUGAGGGUCAUCGACGCCCUCAGCGAGGUGGGCAUCCGUGAGCUCUACACCAGCUUGUCCAAGCAUGUGCAGGGAUUGAACGCCCAUCUUGAUACCGCCGGCAAAGUGCUGGACCUUCUCAGUGCCUUUAACAACGAGCUUGGCACGGACUAUAAGCCUUUUGAGUACUUCGGAGACGAGGACGCAGACACAGUCAUCGUAGUCUUCGGCAGCGUGGAGUCCCAAAUUGCGAACCACGCUGUGUCACAGCUCGCCGCUGAAGGCAAGAAGGUGGGCGCCAUCAACGUCCGCCUGUACCGCCCCUUCGUGGAGGACGCAUUCCUGAACACCCUCCCGGCAUCCGUGCAGCAGGUUGCUGUGCUUGGCCAAGUCCGAGAUAACACCGAGGUUGAUGAUGCAGCCAUCCAGUCGAUCCUGUACUCGGAUGUGCUCACGGCUGUGUCAUUCUCCAGCAGGUGGGCCCAGACGCCCACUGUCACCGACCUCAAGUACGCCGCAUCUGAGGCCCUGACGCCAUCCAGCUUCCACUCCACCAUUCAGAAGCUCAUCAGCAAGGGCGGCGACUCGCAGGCGAAGACUUCCACCCUGAACAGCCAGGUCGAGCAGUACACCUUCUGGGAUCUGGACAAUUCGGCUGCUCUCCACGCACCCGCAGUGGUUGGUAAAUCUUUCACUCGCGAGUCUUCUGACAACAUCUAUGUCCACGAGACAUACGACAACCUGGUUCGAGGUGGUGUCCUUCGCACCGACAUCCGCAGCUCAAAGAAGACGAUAGAGGCUCCAUACGCAGUCGAUGAGGCCGAUGUUGUGUAUGUUGGCGAAGAGAAGCUGCUCGAUAAUGUCGACGUUGUUAAGGGCAUCAAGUCUGGCGGCAGUCUGCUCCUGAGACUUCCCGCUCUGAAGGACGAUGAGCUCGAGAAGAGAGUCUCUCCUGCGGUCAGGAAGAGUGUCCAGGAGAAGUCUCUGAAGCUUUUCGUUCUCGACUCCUCAUUCUCUCCAGCUCUGGAAAACGACCUGGAGCUUCUGGUCGAGCUCGCAUUCCUGCGAGUUGCCCGGCCUGACGGCGUCCUUGACGCCGCCAAGAACCUUUCUGCUCCUCGGGAAGGCACAAUUCAAGAGUGCAAGGAUGCGUUGAACCAAUGCCUGCGCCAGGUAGAGGUUCCCGCCUCGUGGGCUGAGCUCCCCGCCGACUACACUGCCCCUGAGCUCACCACCGCGCUGAAGACCACUGGUUUCACCGGGUUCAGCAAGGAGAAAGCCGAGCCAGACCUGCAGCUCAGCAGCUGGGAGUCUGCUGCCAAGGCCCUCGCCUUCAAGGAGGCCUACGGCACCCAGGCCAACCUUCGCCCUGACCUGACGGUCAAGACAUACACCGUUCACGUCAAGGAGAACCGCAGACUCACUCCCGGCAAUUAUGACCGCAACAUCUUCCACAUCGAGUUCGACUUGGGCGACUCUGGUGUUACCUACAACAUUGGCGAGGCUCUUGGAAUCCACGCCGAUAAUGACCCCGUGCAGGUCUUGGAUUUCAUCAGGUCGUACGGCCUCAACGCCGACGAGCUGGUCCAGGUCCCCUCGCGCGAGGAUGCCAACGUCCUCGAGACCCGGACAGUGUACCAGUCCCUGGUGCAGAACUUCGACAUCCUCGGCAAGGUCCCGAAGCGGGCCUACGAGCAGCUCGCCGAGUUCGCAACCGACGAGGUCGAGCAGAAGAAGCUGGGGGCCCUGGGCGGCAAGGACGGCGCGGACGAGUUCAAGAAGCGCUCCGAGAUCGAUAUGGCUACCUAUGUCGACAUCCUCGAGGAGUUCAAGUCGGCUCGCCCGUCGUUCCACGACCUCGUCAAGAUCGUGGCGCCGCUCAAGCGCCGCGAGUACUCGAUCGCGUCCGCGCAGGCCGUCACGCCGACGUCAGUGUCGCUGAUGAUCGUCGUGGUCGACUGGGUCGACAGCAAGGGCCGGACGCGCUACGGCCAGGCGACGCGGUACCUGUCGCAGCUGCCGGUGGGCACGCCCAUCACGGUCAGCGUCAAGCCGUCGGUGAUGAAGCUGCCGGCCAAGGACACGGCGCCGCUGAUCAUGGCGGGCCUGGGCACGGGCCUGGCGCCGUUCCGCGCCUUCGUCCAGUACCGCGCCAUGCAGAAGGCGCAGGGCAAGGAGAUCGGCGCCAUCCUGCUGUACCUCGGCUCGCGCCACCAGCGCGAGGAGUACCUGUACGGCGAGGAGUGGGAGGCGUACCUGGACGCCGGCGUCAUCACGCUGCUGGGCGCCGCGUUCAGCCGCGACCAGCCCCAGAAGAUCUACAUCCAGGACCGCAUGAGGCAGACCAUCGACCAGAUCGUCAAGGCGUACAUCCAGGAGGAGGGCUCGUUCUACCUCUGCGGCCCCACCUGGCCCGUGCCGGACGUCACCGAGGUGCUGCAGGAGGCCAUCGCCGCCGAGGCGAAGGCCAGCGGGCGCAAGGUUGACCCCAGGAAGGAGAUUGAGAGGCUGAAGGAGGAUGGAAGAUAUGUGCUCGAGGUGUACUAA